GGGGCGGAACUUCUCGUUCGUUUCUCUUGCAGCUUCUUCUUGUAGCAGGGGAGGGGAAAGCAACGUGCAGGCACUACGGGUCCCUCCUCCCCACCAGAUUCUACAGCUUGCUAAUAGUAGCAGCGGCCCUGCCACAGCGAGGAACCCAUUUCUGAGUGAACAGGAAAUGAAGGCUUGUCCACUAGUGGCAGUUAUGGACUACACCGAUAGAUGGCACAAGAGGCCUUUUGAGUAGAUUGGACCUGCAUAACCGGAAGUGAAAAGAGAUAGGCGGAGGUUUAGCAUAUGAAAAAGAAGUGAGGUCACGGCUAAGUUCCGAGAGGGUGAAUUUGGGGAUUUCACCAUUUGAGUAGGCUAUGACGGGAGUCAGAUUUUCUAUUGCUGCCUUUAGAAAUGCUCAAACCUGUGUCAGACUCUGCCAGGAACCCUACCUGAAGUGCAAAACAUGCAGCUGGGCACUGUGCAGACAUUUGUCAUAUUACCAUGGACAUUGCAGAAACGUGCUCCUUGGUGUCUUCCCUACAAAAUCCACUGGGUUUCUAACAGUGUCGUCUGUAAGCUGCUUGAUGAGUCCAUCUAGGCUUAAAAGUAAGAAGAGUCACAAGAAGAGCAGUAAAGGUUUGUCUGAAGAAGACCAAGAAGAGGAGGAAGAGAGUAAUCCAGAAGAUGUCAGUGACUAUGAAGACGAACCUGAAGAUUCGAAUGCACGUAAAGACUAUAAAGACUUAGAGAAAGCUGUCCAAUCAUUUCGCUUUGAUGUCAUUCUUACUACUGGCCUGGACAUCUCUCGGAACAAAAUUGAAGAAGCCUUUUAUAAUAGUUUACUGCGUCUGAAUGGGGAGAAACUGUGGAAGAAAAGUCGAGCGGUAAAAGUUGGAGACACGUUGGACUUAAUAGUUGAAGAAGACAAACAAAAUGAAACAACUGUCAUGAGAAUUAUUUUUAAAAAUGUAUUAGAAGAGAAGACGUCAACAGAAAAAUACAAGGUGGUACUGAGACGCUGGAAGAACCUGAAGAUUCCAAAACAAGAUACUGUAACUGCAAAGUAACUCGACUCAAGUGUCAGCCAGAGACUUUUUGGGUAUUUAAUGCACAGUAUAUUACAAAUCACAUAUUUGGUUUGUUAUGGUAAUCUAAAAUAUAUUAUUUUGUGCUUUGUAAUCUCUGCAUAGAGGGAACCAGUGUCAAGCUCCUACUGCAUAGAACUUACUGGAAAAACCAAAUCAUCAAGCUGUGAGCUAGGGCUGCGCCAAUAUUUUGUCACAUUUAACAAGUCAAUCCCAACUGAACACUGUUUAAAAACUGGGUAACUUGUGCCUUUACAUUUUUACAUAAAGUGAAAACAUGAAACUU